GCAACUGAGUCUGCAAUGGAGAAAACUUGGAAAUCUGUUCCUCUGAAGAGGCAAAAGAGAGAAGAUGAAAAAAUCCGUAAACUCUUCAUUGGUGGCUUGAGGUUGGAAACCACAGAAGAAAGUCUAAGGAACUACUACCAGCAGUGGGGAAAACUUACAGACUGUGUGGUCCUGAGGGAUCCUGCAAGCAAAAGAUCAAGAGGCUUUGGUUUUGUCACCUUUUCAUGCAUGGCUGAGGUGGAUGCUGCCAUGGCUGCCAGACCUCAUUCCAUUGAUGGCAGAGUGGUUGAGCCCAAACGUGCUGUCCCGAGAGAGGAAUCUGGACGGCAGGGGGCUCUCUGGACUCUGAAGAAGCUGUUUGUUGGUGGCAUUCAAGAAGAUACCGAGGAACAUCAUCUUCGAAAUUACUUUGAGAAAUAUGGGAAAAUCAAUACCAUUGAGAUCAUUACUGAUAAGCUGUCUGGCAAGAAAAGAGGCUUUGGAUUUGUCACUUUUGAUGACCAUGAUUCUGUGGACAAGAUUGUGUUGCAGAAAUACCAUGCCAUCAAUGGUCAUCAUGCAGAAGUCGGGAAGGCUUUGUCUAGAUGGAAAAUGCAGCAAGCCCAACGUUCUAGAGCAGGCCACUUUUGUUCAGGAGAUUCUCCUGGUGGUGGUGGCAAUUUUGGACAAGGAACAGGACAAGGAAGUAACUAUCGGGGAGGAUCUGAUGGAAAUGGAAGUGGUCCUGGAUUUAAGGGUGGCUAUCCUGGGUGUGGAGGAGGACCUGGGGGUGGCAAUUUUGGAGGUGGCCCAGGUUAUAGAGGAGGCAGGGGAGGAGGUUGUGGUGGUAGAGGUCCUGGAUAUCGCAUCCAGGAUGGGGGCUCCAGGGAUGGUAUUGGCAACAAUGGAGGAGGAAAUUAUGGAAGUGGAAAAGAGAAUUAUAAGCAGCAACCUUCUAAUUAUGGUCCAAUGAAGAAUGGAAAGUUUGGAAGCAGGAACAGGGCAUCCCCAUAUGGUGGAGGAAACUAUGGUCCAGGAGGCAGUGGAGGAAGUGCGGGUUAUGAAGGGAGAAGGCAAUACUGA